AUGCCAUUUAAUGAGCAAGCAAAAUUCUUGUCUUAUAAUGGAGAAGUCCUUGUUUUUCAUUUGUCCAAAGACUAUUUUGAAGAUUGUGAAAUGCCUACAGACACAUCUGCAUUAUAUGUCAAAAGGAUGAUAUUUGACAGAGAAAAAGGAACCUUUGUUCUGAUCUCCACGGGUUUUUUAAGGAUUAAGGAGAAAGCUUCACAUUUAAAAAUUCUGUCUUGUAAAUGUGUGUCAGAUUUCAAAACUAGAAUUAACCUCCCUUGCAUUUUGAUACAAUAUAAGAAAUAUAAUAGUAGAGACUUCAAAUAUUGUAUACUGUUUCUUCACAAUGUGAAUAAAUUUGAAAGACAUUUGAGUUUUACACUCGAUCAUGCGCUGGACGAGAGCUUAAAGAUCUUUGACGGUCCUAUAAUUUUUUGGCAAUAUCUCAACAAAUUCUUCUAUAUUUCUUCCCAAAUUGAAGAGGUUACCAACAUAUCAGCUACUCUUUCUUCCAUUGAGUGGGUAGGUGAGAUCAAAAAUUUUGGUGUAGGAUUUUUGGGGCUAGCAGAACCACCUGCGGCUGGUACCCAUAAGUUUUCAGAAUCAGAUUGUGAAUUUUCUGAUUCCAACCUUUGUGCAUAUGACCUUAAAACUCAAGAAAAAUUAAGCACUAGUUACCUUAUCCCUCUUGCUUAUAGUAGUAUUAUAACUCACGUGCAUGUUCGUGCUGCUGAAAUGGUCGACCAUCAGCUACGAAUGGCUCUGAUUGCCCUUACACAAAAGAACCAGCUCAUUUUGUUCCAAAAUGGCAUUCCUGUACGAGUAUGCCAGCUUCCAUUUGUAGAUCCUUGUUCCGUUCAGAUUCUCGAUUCAGGCAAAAGAAACCAAUUUUUCAUCGUGUCAUUCAACUCCAAGGCUUGUGCUGUUUCAGAAAAGAAAUUUAAGGUUGUUGCUAGGUGGGAACAACUUAGCUUAAUCUUGAUAAAUGACUUUGUUGGAGUUGGAACUGACCAACUACUGGUCAUUUUUGAUGCCGCUCUGAACACAGAUCAGCUGACUUCAUUUGCUAUGACAGAUUUUGUCAGAAUAAAUUUUUUGACUGAACCAGUGGAUUAUUGCAUUGAAGACCCUUUUGCUGAAGAGGAACAUGAAAAUUAUUAUUUGGUGCUUCCGGCACUGGAAGCACAAUUGGAAGCUUCAUUUGUUUAUCUUAACAAAUUACAGAAGCAUAUCUCAUUUAAGGAUAAAUUUAUUGCAAACUCUUGGAAGAUUCUUUUAAACUCAAUUUAUGGGAACAUUGAUAUUUCGUCAAACGAUGAGGAGGAUGAGCUUGUUCCAUUCUGUGAUGAAGAUGAAAGCAGUAUCCAUACCCCUGAGGAAAAGUUAUCAGAGAAUUUUCAAGAGCCAGAACAUAUUGUAAAGCAGACAUGGUGUCGUGUACUAGAUGAUGACUUAGUGAUUGGACUGAAAGUCACAUCUUUGAACCCCUCUUCCAAUGAAAUGACUUUAUCACUGAUAAUGGAUCAAAGCAACAGGUCCACCUUUCAGCUUCUGAAGUGUCAAAGUCAGGUGACUAGGUUGAGUAUGUAUUCUUUUCCAGAAGCAGACUUGAAGCCAGUGGAAACAGGACCAGAGACAAAAAGGAUCAAGUUGACCUCUGGUAGCAAGGAAGAAGAAAACUCUUCUUGUGAACAAUUAUCUAAGAUAGAAUCUACCCACAUAAUUACUGCUGUCACAUCUCUUUCACCACUUCUAGUAUUCAACAAACUGUGUUGCACUUUGCUGUUAAACAUUAGUGACAGAGAUAGUGUUAAAAACACCGUGUAUGAUUAUGUUAUAUGUGGCAGCCUUGAUUUUAAUCUACAAGAUCUUUUUAGUAUGAACCACCUACUGGCAUUCCCAAAGAAGGAAUCAAUAGAACAUAUGGAAGAUCUUUUAUUGCUUCUUGCAGCACUGCACAAAUAUUGUUUUCUUGUCACAUCGCCUACCCAUGCCCCGAAUCUAAUGAAGAUAUGGCUCUUGAAACAUAUGAAAUGUGAAAUAAUCAAUGGAUUUAGAGAAAUAUACCUUUAUAAAAUGCUUCGAAAUUGUGGGGCACUCUUCUCUUGGGAGCCAAGAACAACAUUUGAAGGAAUUUUAACACUCUAUUGCAGGAAUGAGGGAAUUUUGUUCCACUGUCUUGACCAACUGAUCAGAGUUCUCCCUGAAAGAUGUUUCUUCAGUUAUCUGAGAUUAGGAAAUGAGGCUUUCCUAAUGGGUCACUGGUUAGACACUCUGGAGAAGGAACUAGUUACCUUUUGUUCUCUUUCCACUUCUGCCUUUGAGUAUGCUAGAGAUGGAGCUAUGCAUAAGACAAAUGAAGCAAAGAAUAGUCCUGCAGCUGCUUCAGAGGAAGAGGACAAGAUCUGUCUGCACAAGCAGGAAGUGCAGAGAGAAAGAAUGAUAAAGGACUUGAAUCUGAAAGUGAAUGGCAGCAGUUAUGUGCAGAUGACUUUGGCUUUAGCUGAGACUCAGCUGAAAUCAGACCUUAUUGCAGAGAAACUGGCCAAUUUGUAAUUGCACUUUCAAAAUCUUGUUUUAGGAUAUUCCAGCUAUCAUGAAGUGUUUAAUUUGUUAUCCUUAUUUAAUAUAAAGAUUAAAACUUAUUAUAAUCCCUA